GCAUUUAAACCCUGUACCAGUAAUCAUUUGUGCCCUCUGGCUGAAAGGAAAACUGUUGCAUUGUGAACUUUGAAGUCUUUGUGGACUCCGAGGAGACAUUGCUCGAAAGCACGUCUGCUACGUGGCCUCUGCAGCAGCUGCGCUCAACUUCAUCACAAUCUGCUGCCUACACUGUAUUUCUCGCUUCUGCGUUGAGCUUGAAGCGGCCAGUAGACACACGGAUACAGACACCCACAAACACUUUAUGUUGAGCUCCAUUUCUGUUUCGCAGUGGAUUUACUUAGACACUGACAUGGCGUACUUUCAAGCGUUGUUGAUCUGAGAAAAACAAAACAAAGCAGCAGGCUAUCCCUAGAGGUUCACAAAGCUACCAUCGACAUGUCGACCACAGACGCAGGAACCCCGGGGGCCCCUGAGGGAGAAGGGGGCCCCCCAGCCCCAGCCCCCAACCUCACCAGUAACCGACGACUGCAGCAGACGCAGGCACAGGUGGACGAGGUAGUGGACAUCAUGCGUGUGAACGUGGACAAGGUGUUGGAGAGGGAUCAGAGACUGUCGGAGCUGGACGACAGGGCCGAUGCUUUGCAGGCCGGGGCCUCACAGUUUGAGAGCAGCGCUGCCAAGCUUAAGAACAAGUACUGGUGGAAAAACCUCAAGAUGAUGAUUAUAAUGGCAAUCAUAGGAGUCAUAUGUGUUGGAGUUGUGUUCUUGUAUUUCUAUUAUUGAGCUGGUCUCUUCAGGGACGGACAACAAGCGCAAGACGAGAUACCAGAAUGAAGCCAAAUCCACCCUCAAUUCCCUCUACUCCUCCUCUCCUUCAUCCCUCUCUUCUUAACCGAUGCCUUCCAUCCAAAACCACCAUGCUCUUGUAGACGUUGGCGCAGUGCCUCUCCCUCUUCUUUCUUCACAGUCGCUCUCUGCCGUUGUGCCCUUGAGCAAGGUACUUAACCCCUACAAAUGCUCUGGCGGCGCUGCUCUGUGGCUGACGCUGUGCUGCUCCGGACAUUGUGGGUGUGUGUUGGUGUGUCAGGUUUGGUAUUGUGACAGUAAAUCGAUAAACGUCUGUAAAAUGGACAAUAAAGUAUCUAUUCUAUUCUGUUGUUGCCGCUUUCUCCAACUCUCUUUUUUGUCUCUCUUCAUCCCCCAUUUGUAAGUGUGUUUUCCCUUCAAAGUCCAAUGUAUGUGCUAUCCCAGAGGGCUUAUCACAUUUAU